CCAGCGCUAAACUCCCACGGCCAGAAGUAGCGAGCAUGGACGCAGUGCUGUCCAGUGGGAAUGUGUUAACAGUUUCAUUUUAACAUUUGGAGUCUCUAGGCAAGUGAAGACAGCUUGGGGUGUUAUAUAUGUUUGCACUGUUGUUAGUAAGCCAGAGUUGAGCAGCGUUAUUUUAUUUUUUCGAACGUAGCCGAUGAAUUUCCAGUCUCAGAAAAUAUCUGUUCCUGUUUUGCAAAUGCUGUAACGUACUUAAAUUUCAUAUGGAAACAGGCAACCAACUCGCAUAGGUUGAUGCUGUGACACGGACGACGAUGACUUACGCAUGCGCGUUAAUCGUGACACUAACAGGAGUCUUAGGCUCUCUUAUGUACGCUUCCAUACAUAAGAUAGAAGAAGGUCACCUUGCAGUUUAUUACAGAGGUGGAGCUUUGCUGACAUCUCCUAAUGGCCCAGGGUAUCACAUAAUGUUGCCGUUCAUCACUUCCUACAGAUCUGUCCAGACGACCCUCCAGACUGAUGAAGUGAAAAAUGUGCCCUGUGGAACAAGUGGGGGUGUCAUGAUCUAUUUUGACCGUAUUGAAGUGGUAAACAUGCUGGUUCCCUUUGCAGUGGUGAGCGUUGUGAGGAACUACACUGCCGAUUACGACAAGACUCUAAUAUUUAACAAGAUCCACCAUGAGCUGAAUCAGUUCUGCAGCAUACACACACUCCAAGAGGUGUAUAUUGAAUUAUUUGACAUUAUUGAUGAGUACCUGAAGACUGCUCUUCAGAAUGAAUUGAACGUUAUGGCACCUGGUCUCACCGUUCAGGCUGUCCGUGUUACAAAGCCCAAAAUCCCUGAGGCCAUCAGAAGAAAUUUUGAACUAAUGGAGGCGGAGAAGACACGUCUGCUCAUCACCUCCCAGACCCAGAAAGUGGUGGAGAAGGAGGCAGAGACAGAGAGGAAGAAAGCCAUUAUUGAAGCCCAGAAGAUCGCCCAAGUUGCAGAGAUUCAGUAUAAGCAGAAAGUUAUGGAGAAAGAAACGGAAAAGAAGAUUUCAGAAAUAGAGGACUCGGCUUUCCUGGCUAGAGAAAGAGCGAAGGCAGAUGCUGAGUACUACACUGCAGAAAGGCUUGCUGAGGCUAAUAAGGUAAAACUGACUCCGGAGUACCUGGAGCUCAUGAAAUACCAGGCGAUUGCAGCCAGCAGCAAGAUCUACUUUGGCCAGGAUAUUCCAAGCAUGUUUGUUGACAACAGUGCCCCCUCUGGCAGAACUCAGGCGGAGCUGGGCCCAAGUGACCAGCGUAGCUCUCUGGACAAGGCUGCGAGUUCUAGGAAAUUAACGCAUUCUGCAGGCAAGGUCUCCAGAAUGGACUCUGUCCGCUGAUAAGGAAGGUUUUCAGCCCAUAGGUUUUCAGUUAAAGACUGUGGGUGGAAAAAACUGACUUACACAUAGUGAAAUGAUGGAAAAGGUUAAAAAUCAGUAUAGCGUUGCUGAUGGGUCAGUUCAAUUUAUUGAAAUAAUUCGGUACAUUGUGAUGUUCAUUGCUUCCAUUGACAUGCAUGCUUAUGUCUGGUUACAGUUAUGUCACUAAAGCAUGUCUAAGAAGGGAUGACAACUGAAUAUAUUUAUACCAGGGGUCUCUAACUGUGGUCCUGGAGAGCUACUAUCCAGCAGGUUUUCUAUCCUAUCUGGCUUCUUCCUGGUAUUCACCUGAGAACAGGUGUGACUCAACAGAAGCCAGGAAGGAGGGAAAAUGAUUGGAGUUGGAGGCUCAUGAUUUAUGCUACGCUAUACAUAUUGUACAUAUUGCCUCAGUUUCAUAGCAUUUGUUUUCCAUUCAGAAACGUUUGUUCCAGGAAAGCUAAUGGUAAUGUAGUCUAUUUGUAUUUGCAUCCCAUGAUAUUGACACGUAAAUCAUAAUCUUAACUACUCCAACAAAUCAAACUAUUUACUGAGUUUUUACAUUUAAUUACAUAGACAUUUAGCUGAGGGACAUCUCUGCACUUCACGUUGUCCUACAUACUUUUCCCUUUUGAUUUUUGCAGGACCUUUGCUAAGAUAUCUGGGUCAAUAGAGGGAGCUGUUUUCCUUCAAAUCGAAAGCUUUACGUGCUGAAAUACCUGUGAGCCAUUUCACGUCGAAGAAUGUAAUUUAAAACACACGAAAAAGCGUAAAGCAUUUAGUCGGAUCUACCGUGUUAUAUUGUUUUAAUUAAAAAAUCUCAAAGGUACACUGAAUACAUUUGCUUUUGGAAUUUUGCGUUUUUUGGUUUAACGUUGACAGUCAUUGAGAAAAUCUUUGAGAUUUAUAUGGUGAGUUUGGGUUUAGUUCAGCUAGCCACAUUUAUGCGUCAUUUCAAAAUGACAGCACCAAUGCAUUUUUCUGUUAACUAUAAUAAAACUGUGAAAUUUUCCUUGAUCUGCAAAAUCAUGUCAAUCCAGAAUUAUCUAAUAUUUUUGUCCAAGGCUAAAUAAAUUCACAAAAAAAAGAAAGAUCUGGAA